AUGGGACAGAUCAGCGCGUCCUCGGUUUCCCAGCGCGUUCCCUGCGCCCCAGGGAGAAAGAAGGGAACCGGGAGCGGGGGUGAAUUCUCCCGGCGAUUCGAGCGCGCACCGAGAGCGGGCCCGGCGCCUCCCCCCGCGCCCCGUCCUGCGGCCCCGAGCGCGGCUCCUCCACGUGUGCUCCCGGCACGUGGAACGGCGACAUCCCAAAAAAGCCACCGCGGCCGCGGCGCUGUCACAGCCGGGGGCGGCGGGGAGGCGACAGGGCGACACCGCCGGGCCGGGAACGCGGGGAGCGGCCGCAGCCGGGGCACCGGGCGGGAUCUGGGGAAUGCGUGGGGAAUAUUCCUCCUGGAAAGAGCCGCCCGGCCCCGGGGCUGUCGGAGCCGUGCGGAUGUGGCGCCUGGGGACGCGGCCGGUGGUGGCCCUGGGGACAGGGGCACCGGGGGCCGUCCCCUUUGUCGCACGGCCGCGAUUCCCCGCUGCCGCCGUGCCCCAGUUUCCCCGGCCCUGCCUCGCAGCUCCGCGGGCAGAUGGAGGCGGGCGGGAGCCUGUCCCCAUUCCCACGGGAGCGCCGCCAUCUGUCCCCUGCUCGGGGACAUUCCCAGCGCUCCCAGUGCGAGCGGCCCCCGCCCACUGGGGAGGGAGGGGAACGCCGAGCCGGGGGCUGUGGGCUCCCUGCGCGGACUGGGAGCGGCUGGGGGGCUGCAGGUGCCCCCCAGGUGUGGGAUCCCCCCCCGGUGGGUCCUCCCCCCCCAGCCUCACUUGCAUUUUUUACUCAUUUCUACAUUAACUGCGAUUUUUGGCGUUUGUUUAUUUAGGGGAGGGGGGACACUGCGGGGACACUGGGUGGCUCCUGCUGCCACAAGAGCCCUGCCAUGGUUCAACCACCACAAAGAGCCCAGAAGAGUCUCCUUCCUCCCCUCCCUCCCUCCCUUCCUCUUCCUCCCUCCCUCCCUUCCUCUUCCUCCCUCCCUGCCCUUCCUCCUCAUUAAAGGGAAUAAAUAGAAUAGAAAUAAAUAGAAUUAAAUGGA